CAGGUUAUAAGAUCCCUACAUUAAGUAAAUAUACGUGUUGUGUUGUCAAAUAAUUUAUAUACAAAAUAAACAUAAAAAUAUAUUUUUUAUAAAUUUUAUUGUGAUCAUGAUGCAAGAAGCUGGAAAUGACAAUUCAUUUGAAAUAAUUGAUAAGAAGAAUGUUCCUUCGACCAUUGACAAUGUUGCACCUACAGUGUCCGCGAUACCAAUGUAUAAUCCAAGUAAUAUUGGAAAUUUAUUAUCAUCGGUGCCUCCGCCAUCAGAUUUACCAAAUUUUAUAGCUGCAGCACCUAUACAACAACCAUUACCCGUUGUUCCGAUUCCAUCAUCAACAGUAUCUAGCGCACCGCCUCUAACUCAUGAUAUUGUUUCAAAUGUUUCUUCGUCGCCAAUAACUCCACCCCAACCAGGUGGAAAUUUUUAUCCAACAUCAUUUAGUGCUGCAAUACCACCAAAUAAAGGAGCUACAUUAGGUGCAAUCCCACCUCCAAAUACUGAGGUACCAUUAAAUUUUGAUUCAAUCGAUGAUAAUCAAGGAGGUUUAUUUGGUUGGAUGAAAGGAGCAGUUUCUACUGGUGGAAUAUUUUCGAAAGUUGCUGAAAAGGCUAAAAAUUCAGUUGAUUCAAUGAUUACUACGUUGGAUCCUCAAAUGAGAGAAUUUAUUUAUUCUGGCGGCGAUUUGGAAGUAGUAGUUGCAUCCGAUCGAGAGGAUGUAAUAAGCCCUAUUAGAGAAGCAUUUCAACUAGUUUUUGGACGAGCAACCGUUGUAGGUCGACCUGCUCUUGUUACAAAUGUAGCUGCUCAAACAGUGGGUUUUAAAGAAGCAAUAAACGCAGCAAAUACCCGAAUUGCAUCAUUACAUACUCAACCGGAGACAUUGUCUGUCCCAACAGUUGCUGUUGAAAGUUUUAUUUUUCAAAUGGAUGAAGACAAGUGGUUUGAUAUGGAUGUAAUUGUAUUAAAUGAUAUGUCGAAACAAAUAGUUUUGGAAACCUUUACACAACCUACAGCAGUUCCAUCAACUAUAGUUACUUUAGCACAAAGCGAAACAACUGAACAAUAUCCGUUCAAAUCGUCUGGAUUGGCCGUUAAAGUUGCAACACUUUUAUCAAAUAAUUUACAGGUACCAUCGUAUGAAUGGCAUGAACAUGUCACAGGAUUAUCUAGACGAACACUAUUGUUAAAUGCAGCAAAAGCUUUGGCUGGAUUAUAUAAAAAUUUAAAUUUACAAAAAUCGUAGUAAAUAUUUUUUUAACGAUAUAUGUUUUUAGCUAUAUCGGUGUCUAAUAAGUACCUACUAACAAGAGUUUUUUUUUAAAUUAAUUCUUCUUCAUUUAAACUGAAAAUUACAGAUGUUAAAAAUUAUUCUAAAUAAAUUAGCAUUCAAUCAACAUGUUUCUUAACCCUGCAAUUACGACUGUUAAUUUUUUUCCUAGCUGUUCGUUGAAGCAAAUUAAGACAAAGAACAGGAUAAAAUAAGUAAUUUUAGAUUUAAGUCUUGGAGACGUAAUUAUAGGUAGUAAUACAGGGUUAAUUACGAUUGAAUUUAACGAAAAUUCAGUAGGUGCUAUUUUAAUCGAAUUAAA